GGCGAAAAUCUUUCAUUUUACGACCGUUCGUCAACACAAAUUGUUGUACAAAAUUCAAAGAAGAAAGGGAAUCCGCUUUUCAAGACGCGAUUACAGUGAUUACACACCACUCCCAACAUUAGGCGAUUAAAUUAUUCGUAAGCCCCGACGAUUCGACAAAAUCGAUACCAAAUGGAAGCCGCCGAGGGUCAGAGCUUGGUCAUCAAAAUGGCCCAAAAGAACAAGGAGACCCAAACUGUGAAGCUGAUGGCCGGUGGCGGACUGGCCAACAACUGGUUUUCCCCGGCGGUCUAUGGGGCAGGAGGUGCUCCCUUUGGUGGUCAUCCGCUGAUCCAUCCGCCGGCCAUUCCGCACCACGCCGUCUCGUGCCAGUUCUACAUGGAUCGUGAGGAGCAGCUGUACCGUCGCGCCUGCCAGAUGAAGGGCAUCCGGGUGGAGCGACUCCACGAGAUCCGCGAGGAGGAGGACGACUCGAACGGAUCGGAGGAGGAGCCCUCGAAGGGCAUCCGCUACCGCUACACCCUGGACGAGAUGAAAAGCUAUAACCCGUACCGUUUUAUCAACUUCUAAAUGUCUCCGAACCAAUAGAUCAACCAUCGUCGCCGCCACAUUCCCCACCGCCCCACCCAUAGUGCCUAGUCAGUACUCGGAUUUCAAGGUAGAAUCACAUAGAUCAUCCAGCACUAGGAUUAGCAUAAGUAUAAGUACUAGCUUCAGCACCCGCCCCACAAUCCACAUAAGAUGCGAGUUUGUGGCGACACCAUGCAUGCCUCCAAGCCAAAAUGGAUCCCACAACAUGAACAGGAACAGGUACAAGAACACCGGACACCACUUACUUGCUUGUUGCCACCAUUUCGCCAAAACAAUGAAAACAAUAAAGAAUUGUUCAUAAAUGACAUCCUGGCAUUUCAACCAAA